AUGAGAGCGCUUAUUGAUCAAGGCUCUCAGGUUUCUCUCAUCACGGAAAAUGCUGCUCAAAAGUUAGCUUUACCACGACGCCGCUGUAAAGGUGUAGUUUUAGGCCUCGGAGCAAGAGAAAACAACUGCAAGGGCGUCAUGGAGAUAACCAUGUCCGCAUUGCAUGGAGAUUUCACUUUCACUUCAGAUGUAUUUAUUAUGCGAAAUCUCAUCAACAAUUUACCAAACCAAACUUUUGAGAAACCGUCUUGGUCACACAUACAAAAUAUAACUCUAGCUGACCCUGAGUUUUACAACAGUCGUCCUGUAGACCUGCUCCUCGGAGCUGACAUCUAUUCGCUUAUCGUGUUGGGCGGUGUCAUCAAAGGCGACAACUUAUCACAACCUAUAGCUCAGCAGACGCAUUUAGGUUGGCUACUUUGUGGAAAUGUGAAAACAUAUCAAUGCAACGUAGUUUUGAACAACAUGGAAGACAUUCACAGAUUUUGGUCUAUUGAAGAUAUUGGCGAUAAUACCCUUAAUAUGUCAUCAGAAGACUACGCAUGUGUGCAGCUUUACGAACAGCAAACGACCCGCCAAGAAGAUGGUCGCUACGUCGUACGACUCCCAAUGAAACCUGAUGCCAAGGAACAACUUGGAGAAUCAAAGCGACGAGCCGUAGCACAAUUUCUUCAGUUGGAGAAAAAACUCAAAAGAAAUCCAAACAUAGCAAAGGAUUAUAGGGACUUUAUGAAUGAGUAUAUCAAUCUCGGCCACAUGUGUGAGUGUACAAGUAACGAGACACCAAGUUGCUACCUGCCACAUCAUUGCGUAAUUCGUUCUGAGUCCACUACAACGGGAUUGCGCGCCGUAUUCAAUGCGUCAUCGCCUACGUCAUCUGGCCGCAGCUUGAAUGAUUUAAUGUACUGUGGACCUAACUUACAGUCAGAUUUACUAUCAUUGAUUUUAAGGUGGAGGCAGUAUAAGAUUGCUUUCACAGCUGACAUCGAGAAGAUGUUUAGACAAAUACUCGUUCACGAAAAGGAUCAACAUCUUCAAAAAAUCAUUUGGAGAGAUUCUACAGAUCAACUGUUACGUGAGUACGUACUAACAACUGUAACUUAUGGCACUAAGGCAGCACCCUUUCUCGCCAUGAGGACAUUAAAGCAAUUGGCAAUAGAUGAAGGCUUCAAGUAUCCUUCUGCAGCAAAAGCACUAGAGGAAGAGUUUUACAUGGAUGACCUCCUCAGUGGAAGCCACAGCAUUGAGGCUGCUAGGCAAUUACAAGCAGAUUUGAUUAAUUUACUCAAAUCGGGAGGAUUCAAUCUCCGAAAAUGGCAGCAAUCAGCAGCAGCCAUUUGA